AUGUCUGCGCCCCCGAAUGAAGGCUACGGCCAACCGGGCCAACAGUACGACGGGCAGCAUGCCGACCAGCAGAACCCCCCCCAGGGUGCGACCCAGCCCGAAUAUGCGGCGCAAGGAAAGAAGAAGAAGCGAGGCUACGCCGCCGGCGCCUUCGACGUGGGCUCGGGUGCCAAUGCUUCUGUAGGAGCUCAGGCACCGGGUGCUGUACCUGCUCAGUACGGUCUGCAGCCCCAAGCCGGUGCCCCCCAAUAUGGAGGUUACCCUCAACCAGAGCAACAGCCAGCGCAAGCUCCGGGCUACCAGUACCCGCAGCAACCACAGCAGCCAGGUUAUCCGGUCCAGCAUCCUCAACAACCACAGCCGGGGCAACCUGGGUACCCCACGCAUGAGUAUGGCUACCCAGCACCGGCAGCUCCAGCUACCGCUGGUGUGGGAGGUAUCACGCAGGGUAUGGGCGGAAUGAACCUGGGAGCGCAGCCGCAGCCAGGUCAGCCAGCCCAGGCCCAGGCGCCUCGCGCCGCGAUGAAUCAGCUUUACCCUACCGACCUGCUGAACCAGCCAUUCAAUGCCUCGGAGCUAGAUCUGCCUCCUCCUCCUGUCACAUUGCCACCCAAUUCCAGUGUGACGCCCUCGCCUGAUGCGAACUGCUCCUCGAAAUACAUCCGUUCGACUCUCAACGCCGUCCCCACGACUCAUUCGUUGCUCAAAAAGUCAAAGCUGCCAUUUGCUCUCGUUGUUCAGCCCUACGCCUCGCUCCACGACGACGAAGACAAUGUUCCAGUCAUCCAGGACCAGGUCAUCUCGCGCUGCCGUCGGUGCAGGACGUACAUCAACCCAUACGUGACGUUCCUCGAUCACGGACACCGUUGGAGAUGUAACAUGUGCAAUCUGAGCAAUGAUGUCCCACAGGCUUUUGACUGGGAUGCUGCUUCGCAGCAGAGCGUGGACCGCUGGCAGCGUGCCGAAUUGAACCACUCUGUUGUCGAGUUUGUCGCGCCCCAGGAGUACAUGGUCCGCCCGCCACAGCCACUCGUCUAUCUCUUCCUCUUUGACGUUAGCUACGCCGCCGUCUCCAAUGGUCUCGUGGCCACCGCUGCCCGUACGAUUCUCGACAGUCUGAACAGGAUACCCAACGCAGACCGACGGACACGCCUGGGUUUCCUUGCUGUGGAUUCAAGUCUGCACUAUUUCUCAGUCCCCAAGGACGAGGAUGAGAAUGGCGAGGUCAGCCAGCUAGUGGUCAGCGACUUGGACGAGCCAUUCCUUCCAGUGCCUCACGACCUGCUUGUGACCCUUAGCGAGAGCCGCCAGAGCAUCGAAACCUUCCUGACCAAACUACCAGACAUGUUCCAGAACAAUCAGAGCAACAUGAGCUGCAUGGGCUCGGCCCUUCGGGCUGGCCACAAACUCAUUUCAGCCCUUGGUGGAAAGAUCGUCGUCCUGACGUCGUCGCUUCCCAACCUUGGCGUUGGCAAGCUGGAUAUGAGAGAAGACAAGAAGCUGCUGGGAACAUCAAAGGAAGGCGCCUUGUUGCAGACCGCCAACAGCUUCUACAAGAGCUUCGCUGUGGAGUGCUCCAAGAACCAAGUUUGUAUAGACAUGUUCCUGUUUGCCUCGCAGUACCAGGAUGUUGCGUCGCUCAGCAACUUGCCGAGAUAUACGGGUGGCCAAACCUGGUUCUAUCCUGGAUGGCAUGCAUCGAGACCGGAGGAUGCGUUGAAAUUUGCCACCGAAUUCAGCGACUUCCUGUCUUCAGAGAUCGGCCUGGAAGCUGUGCUUCGGGUUCGCGGCACGAGUGGCCUCCGCAUGAACUCGUUCUACGGCAAUUUCUUCAACAGGAGCUCCGACCUCUGCGCGUUCCCAGCUUUCCCUCGCGACCAAUCCUACGUUGUCGAAGUGGCCAUUGAUGAGAGCUUGACCAAGAACUUUAUGUGCUUGCAGGCUGCGGUACUACACACAACGUGCAAUGGCGAGCGUCGCAUCCGCGUGAUGACGCUGGCCUUGCCUACGACCGCUAACUUGUCUGACGUGUACGCCUCAGCCGACCAGGUGGCCAUCACUGCUUACUUCAGUCACAAGGCUGUCGAGCGCGCGCUCAGCAGUGGUCUCGAUGCCGCAAGAGACGCUCUGCAGAGCAAGGUCACGGAGCUCUUGCAAGUCUUCAAGAAGGAACUUGCGGGCGGCAGCAUGGGCGGCGGCUUGCAGUUCCCUUCGAACCUGCGCGCCCUCCCUGUCCUGUUCCUCGGUCUUAUGAAGAACGUGGGUCUCCGCAAAUCUGCGCAGAUUCCUACCGACAUCCGUUCCGCUGCUCUCUGUUUGCUAUCGACGCUGCCUGCGCCAUUACUGAUGCGGUACAUCUACCCUCGCCUCUACUCGUUGCACGACAUGCCCGACAAUGCAGGUACACCUGAGCCAGAGACAGGACACAUUGUCCUACCGCCUGCCUUGAACCUCUCCUCUGAACGGUUCGUGCCUUACGGUCUAUACCUGAUCGAUGAUGGCCAAACGCAGUUCUUGUGGGUGGGCCGUGACGCAGUUCCUCAGCUCAUCCAGGACGUGUUCGGCGUGGAGGACAAGACGCAGCUGCAAGUCGGCAAGGGCCGCGUCCCGGAAUUGGAGAGCGACUUCAACGAGAGAGUGCGGGCCGUCGUGCACAAAAGCCGGGAUCACAAGUCACUCGGUGUGGGCAGCAUCACGGUGCCUCACCUGUACAUUGUUCGCGAGGAUGGCGAGCCCAGUCUCAAGCUGUGGGCCCAGACGUUGUUGGUGGAGGACCGGGCAGACCAGGGCGUCAGCGCUGCGCAAUGGCUGGGCAUGCUCCGGGAGAAGGUGGGUUGA